CUGGACGCAGUGGGUACUGAAAAAUGGUUGUUAUGUAAACAAGGCAUUGGGCAAGAAGAGAUCCACAGGGAGACGAGACGAGACGCCAUUGAUAGCCAACAAAGAUGGGGUGCUCAUUUUCUGGGCUCAACGCUCUGUACGACGCCGCUAACAGCGGAGGCGAUGUCUGGAUCAAUGAGAACCGAUUCAGGAUCGUCCGGCAGCUCGGCGAGGGUGGAUUCGCCUACGUUUUCCUCGUCAAGGAGGUCCUCUCCAAUCCCUCCAUACCCGGGGUUUCCAAGAAAUUCAAGGACCCUUCUCAUGUCUCUGAUGAUGGAACAUAUGCAAUGAAGAAAGUUCUGAUUCAGAAUAGUGAACAGCUGGAGUUGGUUAGGGAGGAGAUCCGUGUUUCUUCUCUGUUUACUCAUCCCAAUCUGCUUCCUCUCCUUGAUCAUGCUAUCAUAAAUGUCAAGGCUGCUCAAGAACAAUCUUGGAAGCAUGAAGCGUACUUGCUGUUUCCCGUCCAUAUGGAUGGAACCUUGUUGGACAAUGCCACGACCAUGAAAGCAAAGAGGGAGUCCUUUUCCACUUCUGAUGUUCUGCAAAUAUUCCGUCAGCUUUGUGCAGGACUUGAGCAUAUGCACAGUUUUGAUCCGCCAUAUGCACACAAUGACUUAAAACCUGGCAAUGUCCUUUUGACCCAUAGAAAAGGUCAGCCGCCCCUUGCAAUACUGAUGGAUUUUGGAAGUGCUCGUCCUGCAAGAAGGCAAAUACGUUCUCGUUCAGAGGCUGUGCAGUUGCAGGAAUGGGCAGCUGAGCAUGUUUCAGCACCAUACCGAGCUCCUGAACUUUGGGAUUGCCCAAGCCAAUCUGAUAUUGAUGAAAGAACUGAUAUUUGGUCAUUAGGCUGUACUUUAUAUGCAAUAAUGUAUGGAGUGUCUCCUUUUGAGUAUGCACUUGGGGAAUCGGGUGGAAGUCUACAGUUGGCCGUUGUAAAUGCUCAGGUAAAAUGGCCGACUGGGCCUACCGAUCCUUCCUAUCCCGAAGCCCUCCAGCAGUUUGUGACGUGGAUGCUUCAGCCUCAAGCAACAGUCAGACCACGCAUAGGUGACAUUAUAAUUCAUGUCGACAGGUUGAUCUCGAAGUUUUCUCACUGAAGAGCUCGAGACGAGAGAUAAUACUCUGUUAACAACUGCAGUAUGGCUUCCAUUCUUCACUAUGUGAAAAUGUGAUAGAAGCAAUAUAUAUACAGUGCAGUGUUGGCUAGAGAUACAUAGAUACUGCUAGGAAUUUUUACUGUUAUAUCUGACUAUCUUUUGAUUUUGUUUCAAUUUAUUCAAUAUGAAUGUUUUCUCUUCCA